UUUUUUUAUCUCUCAUUACUUCUCUUCGCAAUCAAUUAACCCAACCUUUCCAAAUUCUUACCAUCUCUAAUUUAAUUCCCUUUUUUCCCCCUACAACCAUUACAUUAUCAUUUAUCGCGUCUCUAUCGCGUAAGACGGCUGCUCCCUGGACAGACAAUGGAGCGCUCAGUUAAGGCCGAGUUCGACAAAGAUGUCGACCAUAGCGACCUUCACAUGACCGAUACAAGGCCGUCAUAUAAAUCGUGGAAGAAGAAGUAUCGAAAGAUGCGCAUCAAGUUUGACCACCAAAUGCAGGAGAUCGAGACUCUGCAUAAACUAGAACAAAAGGCCAUGCGAACUGCUAAGCGUUUAGCUAUCGAGAACGAUCGCCUACUGGACUUGUUAUUUGAUAUCAACGAGUCGCCCCAGAUCCCUUUCGAGCGACGGAUAGACCUUAGUUUAGAAGACGACGAUGAUGAUAACGACUCAGACGCAACCCAAAAGCCUACAAGAUCUCUAAGGCGACUAGAGGAGGACGUUCCACAUAGAUCGUUUGCCGCCACUGUUGAGCAAUAUCCAGAAAUCUUGGAUGACUUGGAACCUCGAGAUCCUCAGAUACACCCUACUUCUUUUCUAACGGCCGAUGACGUUGACGAGUAUCUCCACGAACUCGAUACGCGAUUGGGCCUGAAGCCGAAGCCCACUCUCGCGCCUAGUGCCAUUGGCAAAGAGAUCCCAAACCCGGCCGCUAACUUCGCGCUGCGCAAUCCGACGAGUGUCUACAACUGGUUGCGAAGACAUGCACCUAAGACGUUCCUCCAGGAUCUUGAGAAGGAAAAAGAUAAGGACAAAGGCAAAGAUAAGGAUGAUGGCCAUGAUAAAGAAGACGACGGUCGGAAGCGUAAGGGCGGCGGGACCGCACGAAAUAAAAGGCAAUCAGCUGUCAGUCGUAAGGAAAAAGAGAAGGAAGCUGCCGAAUCCAUGGACUGGGAUGAUGAUGCGGGUUACGAUGCGCCGGCGAAGGGGAAGAGGAAAAGAGACGAUGACGGCGGUUACCGACCUAAGGGGGGAUCGAGCAGACCUACGAAGAAGCGUAAGAGCAAGGACUUUGGUUCCCUUCCAACCAAGGGUUCGCGAAAGUCAACCGCUUAAAUUCAUAUACUAACUACACCAUGUUACAAUGGUCCUACGAGGGGAGAGCUUCCCCGGUGUAUCUUCAUAAGUAGUCGCUGGCUACGGGCGCAGGGUUUAAGGGCAUUAAAAGGCACGAUGAUUAAGGUCAGUUUGGCAUGGAAUUGGUACUAGAAGGGUAUAUAAUGCGGUAGUGUUUUGAUCAGUCUAGCCUCAGAAUCCUGUGUCUAGGCCUAUUAAUAAGUUCAAGUGUGUCUUUACAACUAGUUCCUCAUUCCGUGUAUGUAUACAUAGUGAUAGACACAGUGACUGAGUCUAGCUUCAAAUGACAUAAGGG